UCGGUCGCUGUGGUCAAGAAUCGAUGAACAGCCGACGCCAAAAACCUACCGAUCGUCGAUCGCGGCUCAGUCGGACGCGAGUAUUUGCGCAUGCAAGAUCACGCAAAAUUUAUCUCCUACAGCAAGUGAUAGAACCACUUUUGCCCCCCAACAGUCAGUGUUUGCGAGCGGGUUACAGUUGAUGUUUGCCGCAGUGAUAGACAUCAGCUAAGCCCAACAUGACGAAAGCUGUAAAUGCCGGCUGGAAGCUAGAUAGUGACGAUCGAGCAUGCUACAUCGAGGUGGACGAGGAUGAAGCGCUCGAGAACGAUACCGUUGGCCAGUCGGAUGAGAACGAUUCCAAAAAUGAUGACCCGGACCAUGGCUGGACGCAGUGGAGUAAUUUACCGGAUCAUAUUCUCGAGCGCAUCUUCUCCCAUCUCACCAUCAAGGAGCGGUACUACGCGAGCCUGACCUGCUACGGAUGGUACAGGGCGUUCUAUCUGCCACACGUGUGGUCUAACUUUCUGGUCGAGGAUGCGACGCUUGGGCGGAUGCGGUACAACUACUACUCCGGCUGGCAGCCCGUGCUCGAUCACUCGCGCCUCCAGAGCUGCCUCCUGUCCGUGGGCCAUCUGAUACGCGGGCUUGACUUCCGGCCGCAAGUCAGCUUCAACAACAUGUUCCAGUUCAUGUCGCUCAUCUCGUGGGCCAUGGAGCAGAACGCACGGACCAGCGGGUGUCCGCGGGAGUGGGUCGGCUGCGGUUCGCGGAUCCGUUCGCUCAAUUACCUGUUCCCGUGCAAUAUGGCCCUCAGCGAAGAUCCAGAGUCAAUCAAGCUGUUCGGUACGGGUGGUCAGCUGCUGGCCGCACUCAAGCGGCUCAUGCUUUGCCUUACCAACCUGCAAUCCCUCUCGCUGGUCGACCUCUUUCUGGAGCGAUACGAAGCGAACCAUCUGCUGGACGAGGUGCUCGAGUCCUGCUGUUUGGUGCUGCGUCGGCUCUGUCUCGUCAACGUUACCUCGCACCACUGUCCCAUCAUGCACAUCGGACUGUUUCUCAAUCUACAGGUGCUGGAAGUCUCCCCGCAGAGCAUUGACGACGACGUACUGACACUGUUGGCCGAUUCCAAGGUGAAGCAUCUCACCCUGCUACAGAAUCGCUACACACCGCCCGCCCUAGCCAUCAGUCCGUGCUCCGCGAAGGCUUGGCUGACGGUUCGACGGGAUAACCCGAAGCUGCGGGUCCACCUGCGCGUCGAGUCCGCCACCAACGCGGUGAUCCUGCUGCAGCCCGAGGCUCCGGUUGCCAGCAUGAUUUAUCAGACGCCCAAAACAAUGAUUACUUCGGACCAGCUGGUAGCGGCCGUCGAUGCCUACAAGUACACGCUAACCGUUUACGGGCACGAGCAGCUGCCGGUGGUAGAGUCGCCGCCGGACGGCGAGUUCCAGGAACGACCGGACAGCUUGCUCGUACUGCUCGCACGCUCCUGUCCCGGGCUGAACGCGCUGAUGGUACGAGAGUGCAUCUCCACGGCCACGAUCCUAUUGAUCGCUAAAUCGGCACAAAACCUGCGUCAUCUGUACAUCAAUCGUGCACAGGUCAAGCUGGGCUGUGAUUGGCCCCGAAGCCCCGAAUGGACGGACGAGUUCUACCACUGGUUACAGACAACCUCACAGACGCUGGAAUCCACCGAACGGGAGGUGUCCCGCAUUCUGGACCACCCGUACUGGCAUCUGCUCACCGAGGAACAGUUCCAGAUGGCUUCACUAAUGCGACAUGUAGCUUUUUGAGUACGUUCGUUUCAUCUACCGAACCACAGUCCGGCUGUGAAGUAUACGGGUUGCCGGACCAACCGACCACCCCCGAGGCAGGGCAGAAACCACGAAAAGAUUCAACGAAAAAUUACACCAUCCCCAUCCAUGUACGUUUGUCCUUCGCACGGACACCCGAACCGAUCCGCAGCCAUUGUGUAAGGAAAGGAGUUUUUAAUUAAGCAAAAAUAAUUGAACAAUUUUUCUUCCGCCACGAAUCGAAAAAUGGUUGCCGGUUGACGAUGACGCUAAAGGGUGGGAGAGAAAUUAUAUUAUCAGCGUUAAAUAAUUACACCAGGAAAGUUUUCCGCACCACCAAAGCACGGCGUGCCGACAAAGGACGGCUGCGGAUGUCCUGCGGGUAUUUUUUUUCUUUUCUUCAUUAUGCCAUCGGUCAAACAUUAGUCACACGGUACGCGGUACUGUCGAUGAAGCUGAAGGAAAACUCUUCAAACAAAAACACGCAUACACGCACACACACACACACACGGGCGCGCUGGCCAGUUAGUACCGGAACCUUGCUUGGGCGAGACAAUCCAGCUGUCCCGGGCCAGAGUCCCGAUGGAAAAUUAUCCUAAACUUUUCCGGCUUCAUUAUUCACGACACCUGCCACCUGCUUGGCCACCGGCCCGGACUUUCGGAGGACAUAACGAUACAGGGCGAAUAUUAAAACAACGUGCAAUGAAAAAUGCAUUCAUGUCAGCAAACUUUUCCAUUUUUGUUUUUUUGCUUGCCAAACAUCGGUUCGUACAAUAAGGAUUCGUUAGAACGCUCCGUACACCCUCCACUGCCCGUCCAUUGGGCACACGCCCAUCGAUUACCGGGAGAGUAAACCGGAAGAGGAACCAUGGAUGGCUUGAAGCGUGGCACGGAGAAAACUACUUUUCCCAAACACAAACACAGCCACAUAGCGGGAGGGAAAGAUGUUUUGAGCGGUGGAAAACUUUACCCUUUUGUGGGUGAAAUUCGUCAGCACACUCUGGAGAGCGCCACCGACCCGGGGAACUAAUUGCUAACUAUUCAAUAAAAUUUUACUAUCAAAAACACACAGCGCCCCGGUUCUGUGAUUGUCGACGCGACGAACUUUCUCACUUGAAAUGGUGAUGAUGAUGGUGACGAUGAUGAUGAGGAAGGAAAAGAAUUUGAGAGUUUUUUUUUUUUUUUGGUUCAAACUAUUAUAUCUUGAAGGCUAUGAAAGUGCCACGAUGGGAGCAAAAACUGAUGUUUAAAACACUUUCAAUUUGUGAGGAUCGUUUUUGCUUAAGUGAAGCGUUGAACAGUCGGUAAUAACUUUACAUUAACAUAUAAUGAACACUUCAUUAAAAUGUCGUUUGAGUUGGGAUUUUGCGAGGAGUUGACUGUUGAUUAAUUGCUAUAUUUAUUUGACAGGGAAGCUAAUCAUUUUACCGCUGUCAAGAGUUUUACAAACUAUGCAAGCAGCUUACAUAAAGAAUUGUAGAGUUGUAGUUUGAUACAAGAUAUUGAUUUUUUCCUCCUUGGCACUGUAAGCUAGAAAGGUCUUGGACUGCCAUAGCUGGAUUCCUGUAACAUGAUUUUCCUGCGUACUGGGAGGCUGUACAGAUUGGAUUUGAUUCCCGGUCCUACCGUGUUAAGGGUCAUCUCAAUAUCAUAUUACAUGCCUUCGACAUCAGUGAAAAUAACAAUAUAAUGUUAUGUCUUUUCAUCAGGAAUCAUCAAACGACUUGUAAAUAAGCCCCGCACUAUCGAUUUGUGAUUAAUUGAUCACUUCUCAGAAACAUGGUUCUUUUCUAUAAUUGAACACAUAUAAUGAGCAAUCUAUGACAAGUGUGAUUAAACAACUCCUAACAACUAGUGGCCUUAAGAAGACUAAAUAUUUAAAGAGCAAAAUAAGGAUGAGGAGCAAAAAACCAAAAUAUCAAACCUUCAUCCACAUAGAGAAUGCUUCGCUUUCUAGGGUUACAAUCAACAUGUAGCUGGGAAGCAGUUAAAAAAUAGCCAAAAACUGCUCAAUUUUUUCAAUUUAAUUUUACAAUCAACAAGUUUCUUUGUGGGUAGAAAUGGGUAGAAAUGACAAAGAUUGUUUUGAGUAUCCGGGUCAGAUGUAUAGUAUGGUUUUAUAAAAUGUUGGAGUUACAGAUGCUGUUCCUGGUCCACACGGUUAAGCAAGGCGAGUUCAAACCACCUACAUUAAAGUUUGAUCGUGCAUGGAUACAAGCAUAAUGAGAUAAUUAUAUUCUAUAGCGAACAGACACUUUGAACAGCGCUUCGAGACAUUUUACAGUUGAAGAUAAGAAUCUAUACUUACCUACUUAUCAGGCGCUACAACCGCUUUGCGGUCUUGGCCUGCUGCAACAAUCCUCGAUUCCGCACGAUACCGCAGAUGCUUCAACGCCAUCACUCCAUCGCCAUUUUGGGCCUACCACGCCUCCUCUGUCCGUGUGGACGGCCUAAAAGGACUUUACGGGCUGGGUCGUCUGGUGUCAUUUUCAUGACGUGACCAGCUCACCGGAUUGGCGAGUCUAAUGCGCUGCUCGAUGGUGCGAUCAUCAUACAGCUCCUAGAGCUCGUCGUUGUAGCGGCUCUUCCAUUGUCCUUCCACACAUACGGGACCAAAAAUCCUUCUGAGCAUCUUCCUCUCGAACGCAGCUAAGAGGGCUUCGUCAGUUUUGGACAGAGUCCAUGUCUCAGAGGUGUAUGUGAGUACUGUGACUUUAAAUGUUCUGUACAGUCCCAGCUUCGUCCGUCGCGACAGGUAUUUAGAGUGGAGAAGUUUCCUCAGGCUGUAGUAUGACCGGUUGGCAGCCAGCACCCUUGCGCGUCACUCAACAUCAAUGUUGUUGUCGGUGCUGACUUUUGACCCCAGAUAGGUGAAGUUUUGGACGACUUCGAAGGUGCGGUCACCUAUCAGUACAUCACCUCUGCGUAAAUCAGUGUUUGUUAGCAGGGCCGCUGGUGGUGCCACCAUCAUUUUGGUUUUCGCCUCGUUAAUCUCCAACCCGAGGUUCUGUGCCGCACGCUCGAUCCUUUGGUAAGCUCCUGCUACUUAGGAGAGCCUCAAACCAAUGAUGUCUAUGUCAGCAGCGUAAGAGAGGAUUUGGAUUGACUUAUAGAAGAUGGUCCCCGAAGUUUCCACCUCCCAGUCACGAAUUUAUAAUUGUUGUACAAUUAGCCAAGCAACUCAAAUUGCGUUCUGAUAGCUAAAAUGUGUUGCUCUGUUGAGCAGUUUUUGAAGGUAUUCAAUGAUGAAAUCAAAUGCUUUUGAUUCAAAUUAUUCACAAUAUCUGCCUUUAUUCCUUGAUAACGGCAUCGUUAAGGCUCUAAGAAGCUGAGAACGGACACACAAAAACUGACUCAAUUUGCUUCACUAGUUCCGGCUUGGAGUUGCUGAACGAUCGAUUGGUGACCCUUGUCAACUGUGCCCCAAACAAAAUAAUCCAGAUGAUUAAGAUCUGGAAAGUUGCGUGGCCACACAUUCGACGCAGUAAAGUCAUAAAAAUUGCCAGCCAAUCAUUUGAUACGGAAUCCAGCUGGCAACACAUACAGCCAACCAUUAGCCGCUCUAGUGAUCCAAGACAUAUAGCCAUUGAUAUUGAGCCAAAGCGUUGGUCAAUUUUUUUUAUGAAAAUUUGAAGUGAAACUUACCGCUGGAUGAAAAAAAAUUAUUUUUGUUUCACUUUAUGUAAUGGACUUGCAACGGGAUAGGUUCAAAUUUCUACAGGUAAAUUUCCAACGCAAUCUGUUAUAUUUUUUCACACAAACUAUCGACGACAUAUUAUCCGACACUUGCCUGCAUUGAACGACAUGUUUACUACCUAUUUUCGCUUACCGAUCGAAACCAUAACCUUCCCUGUCAUCAUAACCUGUCCAGGCCCUUGUUUUUUUUUUGUCGUUGCAGGUUUCUUUAUUUAAUAUAAUUCCAUUAAAUAAACUUCAAUCAUCCAAUGUGUUGAUUGGAUGUUUGUCACUGGUGACGGUCAAUGUUUAACAUGGCUGCUGUGGGUGAUGGGCUAUUAAUUUGAUUCGCCACCUGAUGUGGCUCGUCUACGGCCAACAGGAAAAAACAGCUCCUCAAAUGGUAAUAAAUCAACAAUGUUUUAUAUAUCCUUUUUCUAAUAUGUACACGGAGAAGCGGGGGCUCAGAAGCAGACAAACAAAAUUAUACAAAUAGUUUUAAUAAAAAUCUAACAUACGAUUGUAUAAUAUUUACACUUGAAGGGGAAGCUUUUCCUAACAUUUUUCACCCUAACUUCAAUUCGUGUUUUUUUUUUUUUGUUCAACGUGCUGUACAUACCCCCCAAUACCUAGGUUAAGCGAGUUCAAUAUGUGUAAUCAAUGUUCAAAUAAGGGCGAAAAACCUCGCCAUGUACACACGCUCAUUGCGUAUGGAAUAAAAAUCUGUUUCCUGUUUACACUUUUACACCGG